GGAAAUGCCAGUUUGAAUACACCGGAACAGCAAGAUGGAGGAGGAGGAAGAGGACCGCCUUAGCAAUGAUGAGCUUAUGGACGAUUGGCUCAUUGAGUCAAUUAAACUUUACAACAAUUUGCAUGCAUUUGAACUCCAGGAUCCUACAAAGGUCAUUGAAUGGACUGGGGAGAAAAGUAUUUGUGUGGCUGGUUUCAAAUCCGGUGGUAGAAGUGAAAUUCUGGAGCUGACUUUACCACAGAAACUAUGUGCAAAGGAAGAUCAGGGUCUAUGCCCUGAGCGAGACUUUAAAAUGGAACAUGGAGGAUUUUCAGAGAGACCGAUUUACUGCUUAAAACAUGUACAAGGAACAAGGCUAUUAGUCUCUAGUGGACCACCUGACAACUCUUUACAGAUCUGGCAAAUUGGUGUUGAUGACAGUGAUGUCAUCAGGCUAUUGAACUGUAUAAACAACGAAGAGCAAAACAACCAUUGGAGCAAAAUAGCUACCAGUGCAGCUGGAUCACCUUGUGUUCUGCAUGGGACACAUGUAAAGAAUCUUCAAGUCACUGAAAUAGAGUCUACAAAAAAUGUGUUUUUACCAGGGAUUGCCUCUGUGGAUUUAGUAAGCAGCCUUGAGUUUUUGAGCAAAGAUGCAUUUCUCUUAUGCUCUGUCAGGGGCCAAAUGUGGUUAAUGGACAUGAGACAACAAAAGGUUGUAGCAGCACAGGAUGUGUGUGCUUUGCCAGCUGAAGAUUUCUACUGGUGUAUGGGGGUUGAAAGGAGACAACCUGAUUUAGAUGCUGUGCCCUGCAGAGUGGCAAAACUUUCUUCUACUGGCUACAUUUUUGUAUCAGAUGUGCGAAAUUUGGCAAAACACAUGUGUCAAACAAAAGUGAGCAUUCCCUCACCAGUGGCUGAAAAUAAGUUUAUGAAUGUGUCAUGGGCACCUGCUUUGGAUAACAAUAUUGCCGUAUCUGGUUUCAGUGGAUCCAUAGAGAUCUAUAACAUAACAUCCUGGCAUUCCACUGAUACUGAAGCAUGUCCAAUGUUUGUUCAUAAAGGUCACACAGUAUUAGAAGACAGGGAUAAGGGAGAAAUCCCUUUAGUUACGGCACACACAUGGCAUCCUUGGAAACCAAGGACAGUUUUAUCAGCAGCAACUGAUGGAUCAUUACAAGUAUGGGAAUGGCGAUGAUUAAUGUAUUUGAAAUAAAUAUAAAAUCAUAACCUG